GAAAUCAUAAAUAAAAACGAUAGGGAAUUGACAUCAUUUAUCAACUUAAUUACCCUCCAAGAAGAAGAAAAACAUGAGUGGAAGAGAUUGCCUUAUCCAAUCCCUCCCAUGGAAAAAAAAAAAAAAAAAAAAAAAAAAAAAAAAAAAAAAAAAACAACAACAGAAAAGUAUUACACAUUUCAACACCAAAGUAAACAUCUUUAUUAUUUCUGAAAAAAAUGGUAGAGGCUGUCAUGAGUUUCACCUUAUCCAAGCCCAUAUCUCUUCACUGUUCUUCACUCCACCCACUAAAUUCAAACACAAUUAACAAUAAUUCUGCUAGAUUGCUGCUUAAACAAUGUUCAACCUCCAAAUUUGGCAAUGGGCUAUGUCACCAGGUUGAAAAAAGUGGAAGAGGCUAUGUUGGAAAAGUAAAUGCUUUGCCAGACUUGCCUUUAAUGGCAGUUUUAGUUCAGCAUGCUGAAGGACAAAGAGACCUCAUAACUCACAAAUCAAUUUGGCACUUAAGCGAUAAUGCCAUUAAAAAUGUUUACACUUUUUAUAUCAUGUUCACUUGUUGGGGAUGUUGUUUCUUUGGAGCUACAAAAGAUCCAUACUAUGAUUCGGAGCAAUACAGGGGAGAUGGAGGCGAUGGAACGGGGCACUGGGUCUAUGAGAAGCAAGAAGACAUAGAAGAAUCUGCAAGAGCGGCUUUAUGGCGCGAGGAGCUAAUUGAAGAAAUUGAACAAAAAGUUGGUGGCUUGCGAGAGUUGGAGGAUGCUGGUCGCAAAGAAGAGCUUCUUAAAUGAUAUAAUCAUUGAUUUAUACAUACAGUACUCAUUAACAAAUCAUUUGUGCAUAGUUUAUCCUUUUUAUUUCCUUGUGUUAGUUGAGACGAACACUACAAGAGGGGGGUGAAUUGUAUGUGAGUUCAUAUUGACUACUUUUGCGGAAUUAAAACAGAAUAUAAAGGAACUUAGCAAUGCA